AUCUCGUCGUACUUACCCUCUAUUUCUUCUUCUUCUUCAUCAUCAAGAAACGUCCAGGGAGAAGAGGAGAGGAGAGGAGAGAAGAGAAGAGAAGAGAGCAGCUGAGGAAGAAGAAGCUCGUUUCCAUCUGAAUUUCAGUUUGCUUCGCUCCAAUGUCGUCUCCCGCAGAAUGGUACCAGUCUCUUCCACCAAUAAGCAAAGGUUUCGGGACCCUAUGCGUAGCAGCGACGGCAUUAUUUCAUCUGGGACUAUUCAAUCCUGUUUAUGCCGCAUUACUUUUUAAGCCUGUAUUCUAUCAAUUUCAGGUCUGGAGACUUGUUACAAAUUUCUUUUUCCUAGGGAAGUUUUCUGUUAACUUUGGCAUCCGUCUCCUAAUGAUAGCUAGAUAUGGGGUUCAGCUAGAGCAGGGUCCAUUUGAAAGGCGCACUGCUGAUUUCCUUUGGAUGAUGAUUUUUGGGGCACUAUCAUUACUGGCAUUGGCAGCUAUCCCUAUUCUCUGGACCCCCUUCUUGGGUGUUUCAUUGGUUUUCAUGCUUUUAUAUGUCUGGAGUAGAGAGUUCCCCAAUGCGCAAGUAAACAUAUAUGGCCUUGUCGCCCUCAAGGCCUUUUAUCUCCCUUGGGCGAUGCUCGCUUUGGAUGUUAUCUUUGGUUCGCCCAUACUGCCAGAUCUUCUAGGAAUCAUUGCAGGGCAUUUGUAUUACUUUCUGACCGUGCUCCAUCCACUUGCCACUGGAAAGCAAAUAUUGAGAACCCCAAGAUGGGUACAUAAGCUCGUGGCGAGAUAUAGGCUAGGACAACGUCCUCUAGUGAAUGCUCGGACAGAGCCUGAAAGGACAACUGGCGCGACUUUUAGAGGACGCAGUUACCGGCUUAGUGAUUGAGCUGUGGCUUCUGUUUGUGAAUUGCUCAAUGCUUUCGUUUUCCAGAGGAAGUACAAAACCUGGCCUUUGAGGGUAGGUCUAACUUGGUUACCAAAUAGUUGAUUCUUUUGAACCUCUUCUUGUAGCAGUAUUAUCUUCAGAUUACGACUUUAGAUUCAUUUCCAUAUUUCUCCCCGUUCUUCUUCUGCUUUGAGGAUCUCUUUUACUUUUCCUGUCUUUUUAUUGAAUUGAAUGGAUUUGUCUUAGAUGA